GGGCGCGUGCUCGUGCACAAGGGCAGGUUCUCCAAGAAGUGGACGGCUAAGGCUUUGAAAGCGAGGCACUCCUCGGCGAAGCGCGGCUCUGGCGGCCCUGAGUCCCUCGAGGAGGUCCGCGGCCCUCUGGUUGGCGCCAUGGGCCCCGGCAUCGCGUUAGCCCCAGACGGCGCGCGCGCCUCCCACUCCGCGGCCGAGGAGAUCGGCGCGGCUUCUCUGUCUGGAGUGAACCACCAGAAGAAGGUGUUCACGCCCGUCACGAGGCUGCUGAAAAAGCAAGCUGGCGCGGAGACGAAGCUGUACUUCAAGCUGGUGGCGGGGGACAACAGCGCCGAAUCGACGCAGGAGCACAUCAAGAACACUCUGCGCCGAGUCGGCAAUGUCGGCCGCCACAACACCACCGAGCUCAAGAAGGCUGUGCAGACCCUGUCUGGCGCUGCCUUGCUGAGGCGGGCUGGUCUAACGAGCGUGCUUGACGCGCUGCGUCGGUACAGGGUUGCGUGCACUAGCGGCGCAGUGCAGAUGGCGCCGAAGGGCUGCUUCCGCGCGGGAUUGUGCAAAUGGGCCCAG